AUGGUUUCUACUCACAACCUCUCAUUUAUUGGUUUAAUUGAGUCGAAAAAAGAGGUUGUGAAUGACUUUCUUGUUAAUAAGCUAUGGCCUAACUUGGAUUAUAAGUUUGAUUUUAUUCCCUCUAUUGGCGCUUCUGGUGGUUUGUUGCUUAUCUGGAAUUCUAUUUUGCUUCGUAAUGUUAUAAUUACGAAAGGGCAUCGGUGUAUUGUUAUGGAUUUUGUUUUUGAGGCCCGUCCUUGUCGUCACAUUCUGAUCUAUGCGAGUAACGUUGCUUUGGAAAGGGAGUUGUUCUGGCGGCAAUUAAAUGAUUUUUUAAAUUUCAUGGGUACUAUCUUCAUAAGUGGUGAUUUUAAUGAAACGCUGCAUCUAGAGGAGAGGUUAAAUGCGACGGUUUUCACUCCCUCCAUGUUGGCAUUGCGGGAUUUGAUUAACAACGCCAAGAUGCUAGAUCUUCCUCUUCAGGGUAGGACGUUUACUUGGCAAAAUUCUCAUUCUAGAUCUCGGAUUGACAGGUGUUUAGUUUCGGCUUCAGUCAGUGCGUUAUGGCCAAGGAUGUCACUAUCAUCAUUACCUAGAGGACAAUCUGAUCAUGUCUCUAUUUGUUUUAAAUCUGAUAAGGUUGUCGAUUGGGGUCCAAAACCUUUUCGGUCCAUUGAUGCGUGGUGGGAACAUGAAGAAUUCGAAGAAUUUGCUAAACAGAUCAAGGAACUAUCGGCGAAGAUUCUAUUGAAGGAGAUUGCCGGGGAUGCGGGUGUUAUUUCUGAAGAGGAGAAGCAGGAGUUGUCUAGUCUUAGAGAGGAUAUGUGGACAGCUGAGAAGAGAUUAGAAUCUCUUUGGGUUCAGAAAUCAAGAUUAAAGUGGAAUACUGCAGGUGAUAGAAAUACUAAGUUUUUCCACAACAUGGCUUCGGUUCACUAUAGAAACAAUUUUAUUUCUUCGAUUCAAUUCGACGAUUUAAUUUACACGGAGCCUAAGGAUAUCAGAUUUUAUAUCAGAGAGUUCUAUAGUCGUUUAUAUAGCAGAGGGGACAUCAUCCAGUUUGAUAUUACAGGGCUGCAAUUUAGCAGUUUGUUACCGGCUGAAAGUGAUUCGCUGGUCACGGCAUUCUCAGAAGAGGAGAUUUUUGCCGCUAUCUGUUCUUGUGGAGAGAAGAAAGCUCCAGGGCCGGAUGGGUUUAACUUCUUUUUUUACAAGAAAGCUUGGCCAUUUAUGAAAGAUAUGUUUGUGGAAUUUUUUUCUGAUUUUUUCAGGUUCAACAUCUUACCUAAGGGUAUUAAUACAUCCUUUAUGGUUCUUGUUCCAAAGGUGGCGGGCUCAGCCAAUGUUAAGGAUUAUAGACCUAUUAGUCUUGUUAAUGGUUUCUUCAAAUUGUUAUCGAAGACUCUUUCGAGGAGAUUAGCACUGUUGAUGUCCAAAGUUGUGUCUGAAAAUCAACAUGCUUUUCUUAAAAGAAGAAGUAUCCAGGAGUGCUCGAUGAUUGCCAAUGAGUUCGUCCAUUCAACUUCGAGGAAUAAGGUGAAAUUGCUUGUUCUAAAGCUUGAUUUCUAG